AUGUCUAUUCUUCACGAAAGGGCAAGCUCCCUGUCAGGUCCUGUGGGUGAAUUUGAUAUCUCUGAAGUCGAAAAACAGACACCUGAAAACCCCGACACGCCUCCACCUCCACCUAAUGGAGGACCUGUCGCUUGGCUUCAGGUAGCGGGUGCAUUUUUCCUUUUUUUUAAUUCCUGGGGCGUCGUCAACACAUUUGGUGUGUUCCAAAGUUACUACGAAGACGUUCUUUUUUCCAGCUACUCAGCUUCUUCUAUCUCCUGGAUCGGCACUGUACAAGGCUUCCUUCUCUUCCUUGUUGGCGUAGUUGUUGGGCCCGUUUUUGACAGAGGCUAUCUCAAAAGCCUCAUUGUCAUUGGAUCCUUCUUCGUUGUUUUCGGUCUAAUGAUGACAUCGAUAUCAACUGAAUACUAUCAGGUAUUUCUCGCCCAUGGGGUCGCUGUUGGUAUCGGGUGUGCAUUUCUCUUCCUCCCGAGUGUAGCCGUCGUCGCUACUUACUUCACCUCGCGGCGUGCACUAGCUACGGGUAUCACUGCUUCUGGUGGCAGUAUCGGCUCCGUGAUCUUUCCUAUAGUAUUUCACAAACUUAUUGGACCCCUUGGCUUUGGUUGGACGACUCGCAUCAUUGCGUUCAUCGCACUUGCGGGUCUUAUUUUCGCCUGGAUCACGAUGGAACAACGUCUACCACCUCCCAAACAAGCCCGAUCACUGGUUGAUGUCAGCGCAUUCAGAGAACCGGUAUUCGUCGUCUUCAGUUUCGGUCUGUUUUUCUCUUUCGUGGGCCUAUAUUUCCCCUUUUUCUACCUCCCAAGCUUCUUCUCCUCUUCACUCCAUGCGAGCUCCAACAUAUCAUUCUAUAUCAUCGCCAUCCUGAAUGCUGCCUCCGUCUUCGGACGUAUCACACCGGGCUUGUUGGCCGAUCGCGUCGGCUCUUUGAACACACUUAUCCCCAUCAGCUUGAUUGCCUCUGUCUUGUCAUUCUCGUGGAUCGGGAUCCACAAUGAAGCCGGAGCGAUUGUCUUUGCGUGUCUUUAUGGGUAUGCAUCCGGAGCGAUUGUCUCCUUGCCGCCUACCAUUAUUACACGACUAAGUCCUAACAUGGCUACUGUGGGGGCCCGCAUGGGAAUGUGCUUUACUUUUGCCGGCACGGGUCUUCUUAUCGGUAACCCUAUUGCAGGUGCUUUGUUGGACUUGCAGGAUGCGAUAUUUUGGAAAGCCCAGCUUUUUACCGCUGUCAUGGUAGUAACAGGGUCUGUAUUUUUUAUUGGAGUGCGUCUGAUAAAAUGGAAACAGGGAGAUGGAUGGAAAAUUUGA